AUGUAUGCUGUGACUGUUAGUGAUGAUGGUGACUGUUACCGGUGCUUUCCGCCCGACCCGGGCAUUGGUACUGCUGUGUCAGGUGCCAGUGAGGCUGCUGCUCUAGGUACUAGUGCGUCUGUGCUCUCAGGUGCUAGUGAGUCUGCCCUCUCAGGUACUGUGUCGGCGUCUGCCUCCCACACCUUCACCCUUGACUCUGGGGCGUCUCGCUCCUUCUUUCGGGACCGCACCACUCUCACGCCGCUUAGUCGGCUGGUUGCGGUGUCCCUGGCUGACCCCUCUGGGGGUCCUGUCCUGUCUCGCUUCUCCACGGUCCUCCCGUGUCCGGCGGCUCCCUCUGGCACCCUGACUGGUCUUUACCUCCCCUCGUUCUCUACGAACCUGGUGAGUGGUGCUGACCUACAGGCUGUGGGGGUCCACCAGUUCACUCCUGCUCGUCAGCGGGUGACACACUGCACAGAGGCUAGCACAGGUCCCCACCUGGCUACGUUUACACGUCAGCCAGGGUCGAGCCUGUACACAUUGACCACUGCUUCUCCUCCCGGUGCUGAGUCUGGUAGAGUCCCUUCGUCUGGUCAGGUGUUUGCUGCAGCGUCCAGGGCCCUGGCCCUGCCUGUGUCCCCUGUGUCGAGGGGCGCCAGCGUGCUGCCCCUCACUCCUCCCAGUUUCCUCCGACAGAGGCUCCGUUGCAGACGCUUCACAUGGACGUGUGGGGCCCUGCCCGCGUCCGUGGACUCGGUCACGAGCGCUACUUCCUGUUAG